CUAUCUAUGGAUUUCACUAUAUUUUAUGUGGCAACAUUUUUGUCUAAACUAAACGCUUCUUAUUCAAGAUAACUAAACUUGUUAACUGUUUGAACGAUGCAUAAAGAAAACGCCGGUAUUUAUAAAGCAUUGCUUGAAGCAGAUAUUUCGGCAGUAUUUACUUUUUUUUGUUUAUUUUUCCUUGCUUAUUUGUGUUAAAAACUUAACAAUAUGGAAGAUGGCGAGGAAAGAACAUCCGAGGAUGUCAGAAAAAUAAUUAAAACUGCGAAACUCCACGAAUCGGAGCUAACUGAGGUGACCCAGGUGUUGAGGUUCCCUGACGCCGCCAGCCAGAAACAAAACCUCAGUCUGAUGCUGCUCGAUGCUAAUUUGCUGAAAGAAAUCGAGGAGGGCAAUGAACUGAUAUUUAAAGGCGAUCCCGAAGAAAACGUCGUCCUCUGCACAUCCACCAAAACCUACGACGUAAAAGAGGCAGAGACUUCCAAUAGCUUAUUAUUAGUGCCAGACUUACUUUUCGCUGCCAACACUGGCUUAGAUGAAACCAUAGCCAAUAACUCUAUGGAUGACUCCGACACCUCCUUUGAAAAAUCAAAUAAUUCCUUAAACAAAUCUACCGAAUCUGAUGAAGGUGACAAACCGCCAAGAAAAAUAGAAUAUAAAGAAGUUAUCAACACUUUCUUCACUUAUUAUGAAUUAAAACCGUGCAAACCUCGUUUAAAUAAGCUGCAGAAACUACUAGAACCUUCUAGAUUCCAAGGUUUAGAGCUGGAAUAUGCUAUAGACAAGUCUACGCUUUUAACUUAUGAAGCGAUUUUCGAAGAAGUUCAAGCGUCAAGAAAGGAGUUGAAUGAAGAACUUGAAAAUAUUCAGGCAAUAGAAAUAGACGGUUUUUAUAGAUUACUUGAGUUUGAUUACGAAUUUAGAGUUCUAUCGUACAUGCUCGAUCUUAUUGAAGAGAACUCCUGGCAUCUAGAGAAAAUAUCUAAAGAAAUAACUUUAGACAGUUUAAAAGACUUAUGUCCUUUGUCGAUUAUAGAAAGUAUGUUCAAGUUUUAUACUGAAGAGUCUGUCGAGGAAGAUGGGGUUCAGUAUUAUAAGUAUAAGCAGGAGAAAGUGUGCAGGUUUUUAGCGAGGGUGCUGUUGAAGAGUGCUGGAAAAUUUAACUUGACCGAGUUUAUGCAGGCUUGGAGGGAUUCGGUGCCGGAGGGAAUGGUUACAGAUGAGUCAAUGCUAUGGGGCAUAGCGUUGGUGGACAAGACCAGCUCUCCGCCAGUAGUGUGGGGCUUCACGGAGGCCGAGCUGCCCGAGAACAUCAACGAGCGGUUCAAGGUUCUGUUCCAGGCCAAGCCCAAGUGGAGCGUCGACCAGAUAUCGCCGUAUAUCGAAUGUUACGCCACAGAGAAGCUGAACGUCAACGCUCUGCUGACGAAAUACGCGCGAGCCUCCACACAAGAUGGCGUCAGGGUGUUCUCAGCCAAACAUAUGAAAUGAGUACAUAUUUAUAUGUAUUGUUAAUCGCUAAAUAAUAAGAUAUGAUUUCGGAUGAAAUUGAACUUUUUUCGUGACCAAAUACGCCGAGCGUUAGUCUCUACGCCCGUCCAUCCAAAAAACUUUUGCGUUCGCAAAAAGUGAACCUUGUUGUUAUGACUUUAAGGUAUCAAGUUGAAGGAGAUAGCGGAGAAGCCGUUUUUCAGAGCAUUUUCGUAAGUGUUUUGUUUAUUCCAAUGCACCGACGUAUAACCGCAUUGGAUGUGUCGGCGGCCGAUCGUAAGGUCAGCCAGAUCGUGAAAUUACUAGGCAUAUCGUGAAACGUUUAUUUAUUGCUUUAUUAUUACACAGGAACAUUACGAUCGGCUGCCGACAGAUAUAAUUGAUCGUUGGGUUUAAUUAACUAAUUAGGUGAACUACUGGUUUGACAUUCAAAUUAGUACACAAAUGUAAAAAUAAACGUUUAUUUUAAAAUCUCAUUUCUUAUUACAAUAAAUCAUUAGAAAUCAA